AUGAGCACUGUUGCGCGGAUGGUGGAUGGUAGUGCUGUGGUCUCGGCCAAGAUGCGCACUGAUGUUGAUGGCGGUCGUGCUGCGGAGGUUAACGGCAGGGAGAACGAGGACACGGAUGUUGUAAUGGUUGUAAUUUCAUACGACAUGGCAAAGUUCCAGUCGAUGUUGGCAGACAUAAAGGAGACGAAGGAGGAGCUGCAAGAGGCCAGCCCGAGCGAGAAGGAGGUUCUGGAGGCGCGUCUUCGGGAACUCCGAGCGCCCUGGAGCUCUUCGGGGACUUUGCGGAGCCAGCUGCCCUGCACAGGCCAAGCGGUGGUGGUCCUCCGUUCGCAAACCGAGCAUCGUGAAGUGCUGGAGGAAUGGGACACCUUCUACGAGUGGUUGAUGACGUCAAUGCAGUGCUUGAAAAUCAACAGUCGGCAGCCUCGCUUUAGGGGCCGCCACGUCGUUCGCAUCAGUCGGGCUGCCAAUCCAUCGGAUAUCCUAUGGGAGAACCUUGGCACAUCGCACCGAAUGCGGCUUUGGCUACGGGCGAAAACCUAUGGUAUCGUCGCUCUGAUAUUCCUGGUUUGCCUGAUCCUGGUCGUAGCACUGAACUGGACAUUGGACUGGGCAUUGGGAAGAAAGAACACUCGCAACUCGGGGGCGCUGGCGACAUUCUCGAGUCUUCUCGUCGCUCUGGUGGUGAUGCUCACGCGCUUGUGGGCCUCUCGCACUUUGAGGCAGCGGGUGAUGCGGCAGAUGCACGAGACAAAGACGACACGAGAUGUUUCCCUGCUGGCCAAACUCGCGCUCUUUUACUUGAUGGCCUACUGCCUGAUCGCUGUCCUGGUCAACUGGGAUCCGGCGAAGGGAGAGUGGUAUACGGUUGGCGGGCUGGUCUCAGACAUCUCUUCCUUGAUGCUGAUCAACUGCAUAAGCAUUCCUCUGCAAAUCGCUUUUGGCUGCAAGCUGCUGCUGAGGUACCAGGCUUUCUUCGAGCUGCCUGAUAUGGAUCAGACACGGCCCUUUGCGAAAGUCUUGAUAGCUGCGGUUGCUCUCUUCUUGGAGUACUGGGCGUUCAAGGCUUCGAAGGAGCUUGCGAUCUUAGAGAUUCCGAGGGUGGGCGAGCAUGUGGACUACUAUGUCGCGCAACGUGCCUGGCCAAAGCACCAAAAGUACCACACCACGAACACGUUCCUGCGCGCUGUCCUCGCUAAGUUCCCUCCCCCAGGCACGAGGGCCGCUCAAAAGGUGCAGGGCUUCGAAAUCUUGGAUGCGAAGGCGAGGAAGCUGCAGCCACGUGCCGGCAAACCCCAGAACGAUGACGAAGAUGACAGCGACAAGGAGGUGGACGAGACCAAGGUGGCCGUUGCCGCCGAAGAUCCGGCGGCUUUGGCCAUGGAGGAGAUGAAGCACAAGGUUCCCUUGUCCAUGCUGGAUGCUGAGGCAGACACGGAGGACGAGGACGAGGACGGUUCCGGCACAGAUGAGUCGGAUGAGGAGCCGGGGAGGCGCCGCGACCAAGACGUCCUUUGGUGCUGGCUCCUGGCUAUGCGGCGCGCCUUACAGCUCUCCGCAAGGUUCGGUGUGCACAGGGACAUGUGGGACUUUCAGCAAAAUGCUGCAGUAUCGAUUCGACAAUGA